GCUUUACCUUGAGAAAGCAUAGACUAGCGUACAGGACUACAGGUCAUCAACGAAAACAAGCGCCUAUGUGGCCAUGUCCCAUUCCAACCCCCUCGUCCACUUCCUCCGCCACGUCUCCUUCCCUCCGGACCCGCACCUCCUCCCCACCGCCCUCAAGUCAUGCCCGGGGCUGCCGCUCGCCCGCGCGCUCCACGCCGCCGCCGUGGCCUCGGGCGUCGCGCAGGACCCGUUCGUCUCCUCCUCGCUCCUCCGCACCUACCUCCGCUUCGGCGCCACCGCCGACGCCCGCGCCGUGUUCGACGGAACGCCGCAGAAGACCGUCGUCGGCUGGAGCACGCUCGUCGCGGGGCACGCGGCCCGCGGGGACGCCGAGGGCGCGUGGCGCCUCCUCGAGGAGAUGAGGCGGGGGACUGCUGGCGGCGGCGGCAGCGCGGAACCGAACGUCAUCACCUGGAACGGGCUCGUGUCCGGGUUCAACCGGAGCGGGCGCGCGCGCGACGCGGUUCUGGCGCUGGCUCGGAUGCACGGAGAAGGGAUGCUGCGCCCCGACUCCACGGGCGUUUCGUGCGCGCUCUCCGCCAUCGGGGACCUGGGAACGGAGGCCAUUGCUGUCGGCGAGCAGCUGCACGGGUACGCGGUGAAGUCGGGGUGCAGGUUGGAUGCCUGCGUGGUCACGGCGCUCAUUGACAUGUACGGCAAGUGUGGACGUGCUGACGAGAUUGUUCGGGUGUUCAAUGAGUCAUGCCAUAUGGAUGUUGCUUCCUGCAACGCCCUUGUCGCUGGGCUAUCACGAAAUGCGCAGGUCUCUGAGGCACUAAGGCUGUUCAGGGAGUUUGUUGCCCGAGGAGUAGAGCUGAAUGUGGUGUCCUGGACAUCGGUUGUUGCUUGCUGCGUGCACAAUGGGAGGGAUUUGGAGGCUGUGGACCUCUUCAGGGAGAUGCAGUCACAGGGGAUUGAACCGAACUCUGUCACCAUACCUUGCGUGCUGCCAGCGUUUGCCAAUGUUGCAGCUCUGAUGCAUGGGCGUUCAGCACACUGUUUUGUUCUUAGGAAGGGCUUUUUUCAUGACAUUUAUGUGGGCAGUGCAUUGGUGGACAUGUAUGCAAAGUGUGGAAGGGUCAGAGAUGGGAGGAAAAUCUUUGAUGCAAUGCCAUCCAGGAAUGUGGUAUCAUGGAAUGCAAUGAUUGGUGGCUAUGCGAUGCAUGGGGAAGCUGCAAGCGCUGUUCGGUUGUUUCACUCCAUGCUGAAAUGCAAACAGAAGCCUGACAUGGUCACCUUCACCUGUGUUCUUGCUGCCUGCAGCCAAGCUGGCCUGACAGAGGAGGGGCGCCACUACUUUAAUGAAAUGCAGAAAGAGCAUGGCAUUUCCCCGAGGAUGGAGCAUUAUGCAUGUAUGGUUACUCUUCUAGGACGGGCUGGAAAGCUUGAUGAGGCAUAUGAUCUCAUAAGUGAGAUGCCAUUUGAGCCAGAUGGUUGCAUUUGGGGCUCAUUAUUGGGCUCUUGCCGCGUUUAUAGGAAUGUGAAUCUGGCCGAGGUUGCAGCAGAAAAGCUCUUCUGUCUAGAGCCACAAAAUGCUGGUAAUUAUGUCCUGCUUUCCAACAUUUAUGCUUCUAAGAAAAUGUGGGAGGGGGUUAAUAGGGUGAGAGAGAUGAUGAAGGAUGUGGGCUUGAAGAAGGAAAAGGGUUGUAGCUGGAUAGAGAUCAAGAACAAAGUGCACGUGUUGUUAGCCGGUGACGACUCACACCCUAUGAUGGCUGCAAUAACUGAGAAGCUAAAGCAGCUUAAUAUUGAAAUGAGGAGGCUGGGCUUUGCGCCAAGGACAGAUUUUGUCCUACAUGAUGUGGAGGAGCAAGAAAAGGAUGAUAUUCUUGCUGUCCACAGUGAGAAGUUAGCUGUUGCACUGGGUCUCAUAAGCACGAGCCCAGGAACACCCCUUCAGGUGAUAAAGAACCUCCGAAUUUGCGAUGACUGCCAUGAAGCAAUGAAGUUUAUAUCAAGUUUUGAGGGGAGAGAGUUAUCUAUUAGAGAUACCAACAGGUUCCAUCACUUUAGGGAUGGAAAAUGUUCCUGUGGAGAUUAUUGGUGAUCUCUGUUGUGCUUCCCUGUAAUACAAUAUGCAUAACAAACCUGAUGAUGAUGGCUAUGGGAGCAGAGCAUGCAUAUCCACAAGCUUCCUUCAUUUGAAUGAUUGAAUCCAUGGAAGUGGCUAGCAGGUUACGAGGAUACUUUUUUUAAAGAAAAACUCUACCCAAGGGGAGAGACAUCCUGAAGGCAAUGCUGGAAAGGUAUUAAAUUUGUCGAUGAUAUACCAUUGGAGGCUAAAUACAAGUUAUAGGGGUUCAGUAAUACAAUCUGCAAGUUCCAAGGACGUAAACAGUAAGUUCGUAGGAAUAUGAAUUUAUCACAAGCAUGCUUGGAUCUAGACUCAAAGAAAAAAUUAUCCUGUCUCUAGAUUGUAUUUCUAGACGUCUCUUCUGAACUUGUGUUUGAUUUAAUGCUAUGAUCUUCACCAAUUGAGUGAAUCAUCAUAUACUUUUGUUUUAUUUUGUUUUGUGUUUGGAGUUUGAAGGGCGGACCUGGCGCAGUGGUAGAGAUUCUCCACUUGUGAGCUGGAGGUUCAAACCAGCCUCUUUGCAGAAUUUUAAAGGAAUUUUUGCAAGGGUAUGACUGUCUAGGAAUUCCCUUCCCCCUGCCCCACCUUCUGUGGGAGCUUUCAGCACUGGGUACGCCCUUUUGUUUUGAGGAUGUUGGCACACAGAAAGCAUCCUUUGCUUAUUGAGGAUGUUGGCAAUAUCUUUGGCACAGAGCAUUCUUUGCUUACAUCUGUUAAGUUUCCAGAUGUGUGUAUCUCCAUCUCCUGACAUUUGAAGAAAAUAACCUGUGUACUUGCAGAUUCUGUUGAUAGUUCAAGGAUUACAAACUGAUCAAGUCAACUAAAUGUUUUAGAACCUUUUAUAUUCACAUAAAUGUUUUGGUAUCAGUACAAGUUUGCAUAAACUCUUGAUAAGAAGGUAUGGAAUUUUUCAUAAGAAACUGGAUAAGAAGCUAUUUGGUUUCCUAUGUUUGCAAGCGGGAAUUUGAAGUUAAAUUUAUAACUACUUAGCUACAUUAUAGGUAUAUUUUUUUAGGCUAUAGACUUUGUUCUACACGCGUGUUCUCCCCCCAGAAAUCUGUUAACACCUACACAACUUCACCUCUUCGUAACAAAUACACUUAUGUGGCAUAAUUGUAAAGCUCCAUGAUCGCACUGUCAUUGUGGAAAUAUCCUUAAAAGAGUUUAUAUUCUUGGGUGUAGCUUCUAUUUUCAAUGACCUUUUAGUAAUUUUAGUAAUAGGUAUAUGCAGGUAUAGUUGAUGAACGUAAAGCCAUUUGUUGGUAAUAUAUGCUAAUAUUUGGAAAAAGAGGUUCAGAUAUAUCAUUAUAGUUUUUCAUAUUUAUCGACAAAUAUAAUUGAUAACAGCAUUGGAGCAAUCUGAUCUUCCCUGUCAUUCCUAUCAGCAGUCAAAGUUAGGUCUUACGGCAAACUGACACAGUAGAGUAGAUAUUGAAUAUGCUGUUGAAAUUAACUUUCCCCAAAGAACACUAUUUAGAUGAACAGUGAUGUUGCAAUUGGUUAAAACUUCUAAACUGCACAUGAUCUUCAUCAAAUGCUGGUUGCAUUUUUUAUUGUGAAUUUUGAAUCUGUAAAAAAUAUUUCUUAAAUUUGUCCUUCUUAAUAACACAAUCAUCUGUUUUGAUGUAAGAUGUUAGAAGAUGAUCCAAAUUGUUGAUCCUUGGAAUAAGGUCUACAAGUCUGGGAUUCUCUUCAGGGCUUCAAGCUCCAGCAUGGAGUGGCAGAUCAACGCAUUUGGCAGCUGUGGAAUCUUUUCCACGAAAUCAUCUUAUCUAUCAUUCUUUAGUGUUCAAUUCAAGCCUUGGGAGUGCUUAUGGAGAUCUUGGGCUCCUCGUCAUUGUAAGUUCUCUUUGGUUGUCUAUUCAAAACUGGUGCUGGACAGUGGACCGACUGGCACGCGCUAUCCAUUCUGAGUUAUGCCCCUUGUUAGAGGAGGAAACAAUCCAGCAUGUGCUGUGUUGUUGUGUCUUUGGUGAGAUGUAACUUCUGCUGCAUGGCUUUGGCCUCCAGCAACUUGCACCUUCCAUGGAUGAUUAUUCCUUCUCUGAGUGGUGUUAUUGUGUAAGGCAAAGGGUGCGCUAAGAUUUACGCAAGGGGCUGAAUUCACUGA